AGCCAUGAAUCCAGUUUCAAAUACGCCUUCAUCAAACAAGAGCCACGUAACGACCGCUGUCAGCGCGUUAGCCAGAAUUAGGAUCCCUUUUCUGCAGGAUCAAAGUCCCACAGCCCUUUAGCAGGCCUGACUCGGAGCCACAGGGGCCAAAAUAUGACCAUCUGUCUGUCUCCGCAGGGGGUCCGGACAGAUUGGAGUAGACUUCUCAAACAUCUCUCUGUCCUCUAACAGCUGGGCUUUUAGGAGGUCAUGAUCUGGUGAGGGGACAGUCUGUGUCGGGCCAUGUGCGUAUGUUCAGCCAAUGAGAACUCGUGCGGGUUUCCAGUGAAGGAAGGGGGCGGAGGAAGGAAGGAAUGCUGCAGGAUGCUUAUUACUAUGGCUGUCAAACCCAGUGGCGAUUAGAAUAAAACAUCCUCUUUUUUAAUGCGAGGAUGAUGUGCACCAUGUCCGCUGCAGCUGUGUCGGUGUGGCUCGGUACGGUUUACAUUGUGCAUGCCUGUGAUGUCAAACACACCGCUUUUCAUGAGAGAAAUGCCCGUAUGGAGCGAUCCAUGGGCUUGAGGCAGAGAACAGCCCAGUACAGAGACGUGGUCACUAUCUUGUCACGAUCCCACGCAGACCGUAACGUCUACCCAUCUGCAGGAGUGCUGUUCGUCCAUGUUCUGGAGAGAGAGCACUUCAAAGGAGAGUUUCCUCCCUACCCCAAAUCAGGUGAGGCCAGCAGUGACCCGAUCACUUUCAACACCAACCUAAUGGGCUACCCCGAUAGGCCGGGCUGGCUGCGCUACAUCCAGAGGACCCAGCGCAGCGACGGAGUGCUCUACGGCUCCCCCACCGCACAAUAUGUUGGGAAUCCCUCCGUCAUAGAGAUUACUGCCUAUAACAGACGCACUUUCGAGACCGCACGGCACAACUUGGUCAUAAACAUCAUGGGCACAGAAGAGUUCCCUCUGCCCUACCAGGCGGAGUUCUACAUCAAGAACAUGAACGUGGAGGAGAUGCUGGCCAGCGAGGUGCUGGGUGACUUCCUGGGAGCUGUGAAGAACAUAUGGCAGCCUGAGCGCCUCAACGCCAUAAACAUCACCUCGGCGCUGGACCGUGGCGGCCGUGUGCCUCUGCCCAUCAACAACCUCAAGGAAGGAGUGUACGUGAUGGUUGGCGCUGAUGUUCCCUUCUCGUCGUGCCUGCGGGAGGUGGAGAGCCCACAUAACCAGCUGCGCUGCAGUCAGGAAAUGGAGCCCGCCAUCAGCUGUGACAAGAAGUUCAGGGCUCAGUUCGACAUCGAUUGGUGCAAGAUCUCUCUGGUUGACAUCAACAAAGUGGUCCCGGUGUACAUUACCCGUCCCGACCCGGGAACCGGGAUCCUGCCUGAAUUUGGAGAAUACAACCCCCCCUCUGAGACUCUGAUGGGCCGGAACUACUUUUCAGAUUUCCUAAUCACACUGGCCGUUCCCUCCGCCGUGGCACUAGUCCUCUUCUUCAUCCUCGGCUACACUAUGUGCUGCCGACGGGAAGGGGUGGAAAAAAGAAACAUGCAAACACCAGACAUCCAGCUGGUUCACCACGGCUCCAUCCAGAAGUCCAGCAAGGAGCUGCGGAGCAUGUCUAAGAACCGGGAGAUCUCCUGGCCCCUCUCCACCCUGCCCGUCUUCAACCCAGUGAGCGGCGAGGUGGUGCCACCCAUCCACCCAGACAACUAUGAGACCACCAGCAUGCCCCUCAUGCAGACGCAGACGAAUCUGCAAAACCAGAUUACGAUACCACAGCAGCGGCCAUCAGGAGAUAGUUAUGUCAUGUCAACAUUUCGAAGGCUGGAGGUAAAUGGUAUUCCUGAGGAGAGAAAGGUGGCCGAAGCAUUGGAUUUGUGACCAGAGACGACGGAUGUCGGACCCGAAUUUGAUUUCAUAUCUAUAUCUUUGUUUUUUUCUAACACUUGUGCCAAUCUGCAUGCCUCAGAUGUGUCUUUACAAAGAUUUAUAGUUCAUAUGCAUUUACACCUUGAAGAGUGAGUGUGAGAUAAUCAGAGUUUAGCUGAUUAUAAAAACAUCAGAAUAUUUUGAAAUAUUUGUAAAUGUUUAAGUUUGGAUUUCUACUUGCUUUGCACAAUGAACCUUCGAGGAAAAGUGAGUUUUACAUUCAAAUGCUUUAGUUGUCAUGUGUUAUUAAUUAUAUGUAAUGUGUCACAGGAUAACAAUAAAUGCUUUCAAAAUAAA